CUAUUAACACGGUGCAGGUGCUGUGAAAUUUUAACGAGCACCGAAGAUGCAUGUGUAUUUAUGGACAGGAAGAUUUUAAAAAUUUACGUUUUGCAUACCAGCUACCUGUUGCAUCAGAGGUAAAAUUAAAAGAUUCAGGAGUGAACACCUACAGUGGACAGGCUAAUUUAAGUGUGUGUACGGUCAAGUCACCUAGACUACGGUUGCCAAAAUGAGUGACGGAUCCAAGAGACAAGGGAUGCUAGUCCAUUAACUUCUUCAUUUUUACCUCAAACCGUGUCUCUGAUCACGUUGGAGUGGAUGUGUAUCUUCUAUUGGAAAAUGCCUGGUUGAUCAAGUUGAAUUCAAACAUUAGCACGGAUCAGAUUGAACCAGUAUCCUGACAACAUGGUAAAGUUAACUGUCGAUUUGAUUGCUCGGAUGUCGAGCAGCACAAGGAAGAAGAGAGAGGAGAACCUUCAGCAGUAUCUGAAGAAGUUGACCCACUUAUCCUUUGCUGAGAAGAACAUUGAUGAAAUAGAUGACCUAUCGCAGUGUCGGAAUCUCUCUGUGCUGUAUCUCUAUGACAACAGCAUCGCUCAGAUUCCCAACCUGGGCUUUGCUGCCAAUUUGACUCAUCUUUAUCUACAAAACAACCAAAUCCGACAAAUCGAGAGGCUAUCACCACUUCAGAAACUUGCCAAACUGUACCUAGGGGGCAACUGUAUAACAGUAGUUGAAGGUUUUGAGAAACUUGAACAGUUGAAGGAACUGCACUUGGAACAUCAGAGAAUACCCAAGGGAGAAAAGCUGCUCUUUGACCCACGAUCUCUUGCCUCACUCUCGAUUUGUCUGCAAGUCUUAAAUGUCUCCGGCAACAAUUUAGAUGACAUCACAGACCUGCGCCUCCUUCAGAAACUCUCCCAGUUCCUAUGCAGUGAUAAUAAACUCCGAGAUCUCAAGACAUUGGGCAGCGUCUUGAGCUGCUGGCCACACCUCUGGAGGCUGGAACUGGCAGGAAAUCCAUUAAGUCAAAAAGCCAAAUAUAGGGACAGGGUCAUCGUAAUGAGUGGAACAUUGGCUGUCUUAGAUGGAAAAGAGAUUAACCAGACAGAGAAGGCUUUCCUGAUGAGUUGGAAAGAAGCAAGAGAAGCUAAGAGAAAACAACGAGAAGAGGUUGAGCAGAUGAGGCCAGAACUAGAUGGGAUGGCACCACCAUUACCUAUUGCUGGAUCAGGUAGGGAAUUACCCCCUGUCAUGCCACCCAAAAGCUCCAAAUCCAAGCAGAGUGGUCUGAAGAAUAUCUACAUCAUGCCUAGUAUGGUUGGAGGCAAGAAGAGAUUUGAGGCAGUCUUGGCUAAGUCUCAAAGUUUACCAAAUUCUGCCUCCAAGCUGAAGGGGGAUUCGACGGUGCCUGUCCGACAGAUUGUAGCACCAGGAGUACUGAAGAAAAGCCAUAGUGACUUGGAACGCUCAGCAAGAGCAAUGAUUCACGAGUCAAGGCAUUUCAGCUACCCAGAUGCAUCAGGUCUUGAUCUGGCCAACAGCAAAGUACAUCCUAGUAUGAAUGGAAAUCACAUAGUGCCUUCAAGCAUCUUGCUUUGAACAGGAGAGGCCUGUCUGCAUCAGGUUGUCAAGAUAUGCAACACCUGCCUGCAAGCCAUUGUAAGGAGGGACUGUUUGUGAAUGUGUGACGUUUGGCACAUUCUGAUUAAGGUGACUUUAAUCAAAAGAACGUAAUUGGAAAGUUUGAAUAUUUUCAAGUGCUGUGAGGAUUGCUCCACUUAAUGAGAAAAUUCCUUUCACAAAUUUGGAUUCCAGUUAUCUGGUGCCCAGUUUGAUGUCAUUUAGAAUUCUGAAUUCAUGUUGGAGGCAACACGCAGCUUUUCUGAGUUUCAGAAACUAGGUUUUUAAAGCAAUGUUGGGAAUAGGACCAAUAAAAUGAGAACAUUCAGAGCAGGCAGCAGGAUGUUUCUUCAAAUAGAAACUGGCUAUACUCUGUAUGAUAUAUGCAAUGCAGCCAUAUAUUUGGGCAUUGAAACAAUUCAGCCAGUGGUGAGUUCCCUAAUCCGUCCAAGUUAACAAAUUUAACACCGUUUGCCUUUUGCAAGGUUUUGUAUUCAGAGAAAUGCUUGAUGCAGAGGAAAUAUAUGAAAUAAUUCUGUGCAUUUUGUUAUUGAAGAAUUCAAUAAUUAAGCUUGUUUGAUUGUCAGAACUUUAAUGUGUGCCUUCUCAAGACGAUAUAUAUUUAUGUAUAUCUGUGACGUAAACAGCUUUUUUUAAUGAUGCAUCUGACAUUUUUAAAAUAAUUUCCAACAUUCUUCCUUCAUUUCGUGUUUGUAUGUGUUGAGAUUUUGCAACUUGCAAAGUUAACGGUCAACAGGAACAUUCUUCAACUUAUGAAACAUGCCAUUUGCCAUCUGCAAACAAGGCUAACAGUAUUGUCAAAAAAAGCAACAAACAAGGUGACAAACUAAAAUAGAUAAGAUGUUAUGAGAAACAUGAAUUUUUAUAAUUUGCUUUAAAUAAAAAGUGAAAUUUUAAAAUGUGUCAUAAGGCAGUACAAUGAUUAAAAAUUCAAGUACAUUUACGUUAUUCUCAGCAAAUACAAUUGUAUAAAAUUUACAACGUCAGUUUUGUUGUGAAUGCAAAUGAAGAUUUGAAUUCUGUUCAUUUUCCUCCAUGGAAUCUGGUCCUGAAAGAGCUUGUAAAAGCUCAACUGUCAAAAAUCAGUUUCCAGAAAACUACAUCUCUUGAGGGCUUGUUGAGAAUAAUUUUCAUAUUAAAUCCAAUAUGGCAGAUGUAUUUGUUGUGUAAAUGUUGCUAAAUGUUGCAUGAAAUAUAAAAGCCGUUUUGCAUGAACUACGCAAGUGUGUAACGACUUCUCUGCUCAAAUAUACUGGACCAAGGCCCAACUUUUUGGCCAUAAACCAAGUUCAUAAAACACUCAUAACACACCAGAAUUCAAAUAAAUCAACGGUGUCUACUUGCAAUUUUUGGAAGUAUUACAAGCAUUUAAGAGCCACUGGUAUGACGGGCAUUUCUUUAGUAUCAAAAGACAUGGAGAGUGUAAAGAAAGUCAAGCUAAAAGACUGCUGCUUUAAAAAUAGGAGCACAAGAAGUUUUCAUUGUUGAUGUAGAAAUUACAUCGCCGCACAGCGGCACUUUAAAAAAAUGGCACCAGUAGCUCCUGAGCUCUUAUGAUCAAAGAUAAACAAGCACAAUAGACGUUAACUUAUGUAAAAUGCUGGGUAAUUGAAAUUUUCUAUGGCAAGGAAAGAAAACCAUAAAGGUCAACCCUACUUAAGGUGGACGGAUAUCUUGUGUUUAAAAAGUACUGCAUGCCAUGCAAUGCAAUGCACAGUAUACUGGACUGAGCAUUGCAAAACCUUUUAUUUACAGGUUUGUUCGUCGUUGAUAUACAAGGUGUAAUAAAACAUUGCAAUAAAAAGA